GAUCAACCCAUUCCCUAUUCCCUAUUUCCUGCAAUCUUUGAUAACUUGGAAUCUAAUGUUUUGAUUGGAAGUCAAGGAACAUAGAUAAAAGGUUUUAUCGUUUGAAUUGAAAUUUGAACUUUCUUCUUUCUUCUUUUUUGAUUUUAUCUUUUUCAGUUUCGACCAUUUCAUUCACUUCAAAUCACAACUGACCACUCCAACUCACCUUCUUCAUCAUCCUCUCCAUGUAUCUCUCUCCAACACUUCAUCAUAUUUAACAUUCUUCAACCUUUCAACACCUAUUCCAACUCUCAACAACUUCGUCUCUUAUCAUGUGCUGUUCGGGUGCACAAUGGAAAAGAGAAGAAGUACCUGAUCAUAAAUGGGACUUUGUAGAUGUCAGAGAGUUUCAUAACUCAGGUUGUAUGAGUUACUUUCAGUACUGUUUCCUUUACGUCUUAGUCAUCAAAUCAGUCUUGGUUUAUUGUUCAGAUAUCUAUACGAUGGUCUUACUCUUAGCUUCGAAUCAUUGGGCAGGUUCGAUUUUGGAAAACUCAUCGGGUUCAUCGGCUAUGAAUGUACCUUUCUCAAUCGGAAAAUGGAUCUUCUUUGGUUGUAUUAUCUUUUCUUUCUUGUUACUCGUUUGGGAAGCUAAGAAGUCUAGAGCGAUUAUUAGAUCUAGAGAUAUUAGUUAUGCUUUUACAAAUGUCAUGGCUAAUAAUUAUUAUUCAAUGAAAUCUUAUGAUCAUUUUUGUUUUUUCUCACAAAUUAAUAAUUCUAAAAAGAAAAAGGAUGAUUUUGCUUUCUUUGUGUUCUUUACGUUCAAAGGAUGGAAACGACUCUUAUUGGCUGAUGCUCCAAGACAAGUGAUCAAUGGAUUAACUCUUUAUUCGUUUGCUCGUUCGGUUGGCUUUACCACUGAUAUUCAUAAAUGGUAUGAUGGUAGUUUUGCAAAGGCUUCGGUGUUGGUGUCUAUGAUAUUCACUGUGACGAUCUGGGUGGGAUCGUUUAUUCUUUUGUUGAUUGCGGCGUUUAUGUAUGUGCCAUUGUUAUGUUAUAUCCAAGGGAAUUUAAAAGAAUACUGUUGUCAUAAAGUCGAUAAGCGGAUUGCCGAAUUGAUGAAACGUAAGAACCGAAAACGAUUAGCCAAGGAAGCAGCAAUCAUGAGAAAAGAAGCUAUGGGAGAUUACUCACAUUUGAAAGAUAAAAAAGGACAAUUCAAAGCUGCUCCCUUACCUCAACCUACUCUUCCGAAGAUUGGAAUGGACGAAUUGAUGGGAGGUGGAGGAGGAGGCGGGGGUGGUAGUAUUAAAGGUGGUGAACGAACGAUUCGUAGUAAUCAUGCUUAUCCUCCUCAUGGAAUGAAUAAGUAUGCUGGAAGUGUUUCGGGUCUGAGUAUUUCCGGUAGUCAGUAUAAUCCUCCUACCGUGCCUUGGGCUCAUCCGGGGUAUGCUGAAAGUACUACAUCGACUGAUCACUUCGUAUCCCAUCAAGCUCCCACCGUUGGCAGAAACUACCCUAACACUAACGUAGGAAGUGGAGGAGGUGGGACAGGAGGAGGAUAUAGUGAUCAAGUCACCGAAAGCCAUCCACUUUCACAGCCUAAUGUUUAUACAACUAACCAUCAAAGCGGUCUAUCAAGAGCACCAUCAUAUUCGAGUCAAGAAGAACGAUUCUAUGGAGAUGAGAAAAAGUUGAAUUCGUUGGGAGGUAGUAGAACUCAUCAUGAGUAUGGAGGAGAAGAAAGACAAAUGUAUUAUCAAGUGCCUCCUCCUUUACCUUCUCAAUCACAACAACCACAAGGACAGCAACAAGGAGGAAUUCAACAGGAUUUGUUUGAUUUGUAUGCUCAGACUGAGUUGGCUUUACAACAACAACAACCACAAGCACCGCUUUCUUCACAAAAUCAGAAUCAGAAUCAAACACUUAGUCAGACAAAUUGUCAACCUAGUUCUAGGAACUUUUCGAAUCAUACUUAUGGUCAUCCUCAUUAAACUUUUUCUUCAUUUGGAAACUAAGUUUUCCAUUUAUUCAUUCAUUUUUUUUUCUUACUGGAUUUGUUUUUUCCCUUGGAUGAUUACGUUUGUGAAAAAUUUUUUGUGGUUUUGUGGUUUUGUGAGAUUUGUGUGUUAGAUUACUCUUUUGCAAUUUUUCUUUUUCAUUCAUUUUCUUUUUUGUCUUCCUUUUUGUCUUUUUUUUUGUUUUUUUGAUUUUCUUUCUGGUUUUCUUUGAUGAGAAAGUUAAUUUGAAUUUGUAAAUGAUCAAGAAUAUUGAAAAAAAAAGAAAGGAAACAGGAAAAAGUAAAAAGGAAGAAUUGAAAUUGGAAGAAUUGAAGGAUGGAAGGAUGGAUGGAUGGAUGAAUAACCAGAAUGGAAGGAUGAAUGAAUAAACAGAAUUGAAAUAGGAGGAAGGGGGGAAUGGAAGGAAGAAUGGAAGAAUGGAUGGAAGAAUGGAAGAAUGGAAGAAUGGAUGGAAGAAUGGAUGGAAGAAAGAAAAGUUUCAAGAAAAAGGUUGAUUGAAGGAAUUUGGAAAAUGAAAAAAAACAAUGAUGGGAAGUUUGGAUUUGGAUUUGGAUUUGGAUUUGGAUUUGGAUUUGGAUUUGGAUUUGGAUUUGGAUUCUAGGAUUUGUUUUUCUUUGUUUAUGAUUUUCUUCACAUUGGACUCUUUUACUUUUACUAUUUACUUUUGAUUGUUUUUGAUUAUUUAUUUUAUUUUUUGAU